CUGGCGGUGCCCUGGGCUGACCCCCUCGGGGGGCGCUGGGGCUGCGCGGGGCCGGUAGCGGGGCCCGGGCCCGCCGGGAGACACUCCAUGCUGCCCCGCCAUGUGCAGAGGCUGGGCAGAGACUGGAUCACCCACUGGAAUGGCUCACAGAUACUCGCCUUCAACAGCCCAGUUUCCAGCAGUAUGAGAUGGGCCGGACACUAUCCUCCAUGGGCCUCGUUUCCACUCCCUAUUUCAUCUGAUUUUUCAGCAAACUGGAGAUUCCCUCCAUUUUUUGGACCUUGGAGACAAUUUCAGAACUCCAAUUGGCACCUUGAUAACUACACACAAAGUUGUUGCUUUCACCUACCCAGCCCCAGUAUGAAAUCUGAGGGAGAAGAACCAUUGACAAAGAAGAGAAGACUCAGUGCCCAGGAUGAUACUUCAGGUCCUGAACAAGAAACAAACUUGUCUAAUCAGAAGGAGGUAUCUUGCCUUUCUGUACCACAGAAUGAAGAAAUACAUGGCAGCAAGAAAGGAACCAUCAAAAGACACUGGGAAUAUUUCUGUCAGCAGAGUAAAACAAUGAAAAUCGCUAAAAAUAAAGGAUCUGACCAAAGCAGUAUAGGAAGCGAGGCAUCAUUUGAUUUUACAGUCAUGUCCUACAAUAUUCUCUCACAGAAUUUGUUGGAAGACAACUGUCACCUGUACAAACACUGCAGGCAGCGACUGCUAUUCUGGACAUACAGAUUUCCCAAUAUCCUACAAGAAAUCAAAGAGCUGGAUGCAGAUGUGCUCUGCUUACAAGAAGUCCAAGAAGACCACUAUAGAGCAGAGAUCAAGUCAAGUUUGGAAUCCCUAGGAUAUCACUGUGAGUAUAAAAUGAGGACAGGCAGAAAACCUGAUGGCUGUGCCAUUUGUUUCAAAACUUCCAAAUUUAGCCUGAUUUCUUCAAACCCUGUGGAAUUUUUUCGCCGUGAUAUCCCACUCUUGGACAGGGACAACGUUGGACUGGUGUUGCUGCUGCAGCCGAGAUUUCACUGUAAAGCCAAUGCUGCCAUCUGUAUUGCCAAUACACACCUGCUGUACAACCCAAGGAGAGGGGACAUCAAACUGACCCAGCUUGCAAUGCUCCUGGCAGAGAUUGCCAGUGUUGCCUCUCAGAAGGAUGGCUCCUUCUGCCCAAUUAUUAUCUGUGGGGACUUCAAUUCUGUUCCUGGCUCUCCACUGUACAAAUUUAUAAAGGAAGGAAAGUUAAAUUAUGAAGGACUUGCUAUAGGGAAGGUCUCUGGACAAGAACAGUUUCCAAGGGGACAGAGAAUCUUAUCUAUUCCAAUUUGGCCAAAAAAAUUAGGUAUUUCACAAAACUGUGUAUAUGAAGUAAAACAGCAACAAAAGGAAGAAAGUGCAGGAGAAAAAUUGGAAGCAGCAAAACCAGACAACACUCAGGAGAUUGUAAUAGCAUCUGAAAAGUUGUCUUCAAAAUUGCAGCACCAUUUUAAAUUGUCUUCAGUCUAUUCUCAUUACUUCCCUGAAACUGGGAUACCAGAAGUGACAACUUGUCAUUCCCGAAGUGCUGUCACCGUGGAUUAUAUUUUCUAUUCUGCAGCAAAUGAUAAUACUGUUACCCAUACUUACCAGCCAGGAGCACAGGAUUCUUUUUGUGGGGGUCUGAAACUUCUUGGCCGGCUGGCACUUCUAACAGAGAAAGAUCUUUGGACUGUUAAUGGUCUUCCCAAUGAAAAGAACUCUUCUGACCACCUGCCACUGCUAGCAGAGUUCAGGCUUAUUGAACGGUAAUAUCCAAAGGACUUUCGGUGUAGGUAAAGUUCCCUUUACUUUCUCUCUUCAUGAGAUGAUUAUUAUUAUUUUUUUAAAAGGGUAAUUGAAGCACUGCUGGUCCGGUUUACAUAAGUUUGCCUGCAUGCUGAUUUGUUAGUGUUAAGUAGACUUUCUAAUGGGACUUUGCUUUUUUUAAAAAAAACCAAAAACCUGUUUAAUUUACAUUAUGAAGUCUUUUAGGGAGAAAAAGAGAAGAUUUUACAUUAGCUGCCUCUUUGAUAAAGGAAAACAUCUGUGCCAGACUCAAAAUGGCACUGUUUUUCAUGGAUAUGUUGUAAAUUAUUUUUAUUGUAAAUCACAGUAAAAACGACUAUUCU